UACGAAACAAAAAUUUCUUUAAUUUUCGUUAAUUCGAUUUAUUUUUUUUUGUUUUAUCAAACAACUCUUAGCCUCACAUCAUCACUGAAUACACGCUAAUCAUCAUUUCCUAACACUUUCUAACCAUUUUCUAAAAUCAUAAAUAGUACACAGUAUACACAGGACGAUAUCACGUGACAUCGUUAAGAGUGAGCCUGUCCUCACUUGCUCAUGGGAUUUAUUGAUGAUGAAUUGCAAGAUGUAUCACAGCUCUGUCAUAAUGUCGUUGACGGAAGCCGCCUCGUCUCUUGUGUACCAAGCAUGGUCCGCGUCGAAAUAACAAAAACACCGUUCAAGCAACUCGUUGUGUGCAUCCAAUUCCAAAAGGAUUAUCCUGCAUCGCCAUUGUUUGUUGAGUUAAAGAGUAAAACUCUAUCCGCGAAGCUGCUCGAUGGACUAACAGAAGUCUGCGAAAAAGAGUGCAAGCGUUUGUUGAAUAAAGCACAGAUAUUGCCAAUUUUAAAAUUUAUUAGGAAUUUCAUUGAGGAGAAUCCUCUCAUUUGCUGCUAUGAGGAAAUAUCAAUAUUGAAAAAGCUUUUAGGGGAUAAGGACGAGUUCAAGUUAAAACAAAAGAAUUCUUCUAUUAAUCUAACACUGCAUCAAGAUUUGUAUCAUUUUAAGACCAAGCUUGAAGUGCCAGAUAAUUAUCCUACUAAUUGUGUUACUUACAGUGAUGUUGAUACGAAUUUCCCACCACUGUUCAAUCGUUAUCUAGUUGGACAAGGAGGGGAAUUAGCAAGGCAAUGUGUCGAGCCACCACUGAGGAAACAACAAAACCCGUUUACACCAUCACCGUCAUUAAACACAGUUGUUUCUUUUCUCAUAAAGAGUGUAAAAGCUUUUCCGCAAGAACUCUGUCAACACUGCAAAGUAAAGUGCUUGCCAACAGAUCCCAAAGAAAUUGUAAUCGACGAAAAUGCGGAUUUCCACGCCGAAAGACUUUAUUGUGGUCAUCUCUUCCAUUUAAAAUGUCUCGUGACAUACAUGAAGACUCCGCCAUUCCAUGGGGGUAAGAAAUGUCCAAGUUGCGGUCAACGUGUUUAUCAUGACAAAUGGGGAUUAUCUGAUAGGUUGGCAGAAGCCCGUUGGGCUCAUCAAGAGGCACGAGUGAGAGAAUUGGCGGAAGUUGAAGAUUUUUUCAACUAAUAUACUCGCAUCUUGCAGACGUGUGAAAUAUGAGUUUCAUACGAUAAAACUUAAUGGACGAAGAGAUGUGUAAUUUUUUUCAAAAUUAUGCAUCGCGAUUACUUCCUUAAAAAUCGCAAUGAACGCGAUCAUGGCAUCACGACUUUUGUGUAUAUAUUAUAAAUUUGUUCAACUGUUUUUGUCACAUACUAAAAAUUUUUGGUAGUUUAGUUAGUUACCCCGAUUCUGUAGUUUCAAUAAAGUUGUAUUACUACUAUCGCGCAAAUAUUAUAUAUACAUAGAAAAAACAACAACAUAACGAUAUCGAACUAUCGUUAAUUACAGAAUUAUAGUAAUUACAGAAUUGGAGUACAAAACAUAGCUGAUCGAAUAAUAAAAAAAUAUCAAUUAAAACGCAGCAAAUACGAAAACAUUUGUUUUUCUGUAAUGUAACACCAUUAAAAAUCCGUAAGUAAAAAACGGAAUGUUUUCAAAGAAAAAAUAUCUUCACGAAAUAGAAAGUGAUAUUGGUUUUUAUUGCGCAUUAGUCAAAUUAUUUACAUAACUUAAACAAUUAAAAAACAAAUAUAGAAUAUUAAUCGCAGAUUUUAAAUCAUGCAAUUUAAAAGUCAGUUACAUAUCGCAUUGCGGUUCAAGAAAAGAAAGUUGCAAUAUAUCGAAAAAUUGCACAUCUCUAACUGGAAGUACAAUAUAAUAAAU